AUGUGCCAAGUCCGCCCUGCACUUGGCGAUGCAGCUGAGGGCUGUCGGUGCCGCUUUCAUCGCCCUAGUGGCCCUGAUAUGGACGCUCUCCUCCGUCCUCGUGCAGCACAUCUUCCACGAGGAGAGCUUCGACAGGCCGUUCCUGCUCACCUGCGUCUGCAACAGCCUGUUCCUCGUGAACUUCCCCAUUCCCAGAGUUCCUGCGCCACCGAGCUGCUUCGCAGCACGGGCCCCCUGGGGCUCUCGGUCCCAUCCCCAGGAGCGCCCGCGGGCCGCUCCGGCACCGGCGGCGCGGGCCCCGCCUCGCCCCUGCAGCAGCGCGCCGGGGGCGGGGCCGAGGCCGCGGCGGGCGCGCCGGGGCGCGCCCCCGCCGGAGGGGCCGGCGGCCCGCCGGUGGUGACUGGGCUUCCGGGAGCACCUGUGGAUCUCGGCGCAGAUACGCCCCUCUGGUUCGCGGCCAACUGGGCCUACAACGCCAGCCUGGGCUCCCUGACUGUGACCACCUCGACGGUGGUGAGCUCCACGUCCUGCAUCUGGGUGUACCUUUUAGCCGCCCUCUUUGGGGUGGAGGCCCCGUCGCGUCGCAGGGCCUUGGGCGUCGCCCUCUGCGUCGCCGGCAGCGUCUGCGACGCGCUGUCGGGCGCGCAGGGCGGCGGCGGCGAAGGUCGGAGGGCGGCCCGCCGAGACGGCGGUGGCUCGCCAGAUCACCUCGCGUUGUGGCCAAGAAGCGCGGCGCAGAGCUUUUGGCUGCGGUUCCCAUUGGCCGAGAACGGCCACGAAGCGCGCCGCUCACAUUUUCUGAGAGCGUCGGAUCUCUGGGAGCGCCUGCGACGGCGGCAGAAGCCUGCGCCGAUCCCAGUGGGGUCACUCCUCGCGCGUGGCCGGUCUUCGCUGGCCUGGGGCUCCUCACGGCCACGGUCGCCGCGCCGGCCGUGCUGUUGGGCCUCCUGUGCGCCUGGGAGGACCUGGGCGGGCUGA